ACUAAUCUCACGCAGCACCCCUAGAAAUUCGAUUCAAAUAUAAAAUUUAAAUUUUGAAAAAAUGUGUGAAGUUUCAUUUAGUUUUUAAUUAAAUGUCCUUUAAUAACGAUUUAGUCGUUGAUACUUGUAAGUGGAAUUUAGCCCUCUCCAAUAAAUUACCUCUAAAGACGGAUAGUUUCUGGCUCGAUAGCAUAUUUCUACAACCACAUUUAUUCCUUUCAUAAAUUUCAAAUGAAUUCACUGUUAAUGUCAAAUGUGAUAAUGGUGAGUUAUUUAUAAGAAGCUUUUUGUAGAAUGGAAUAUUUUCAAGAUUCUCACCCUUUCGUUCUCGAUCUCACCCUUUCGUUGGCGGUAUUUGCAGUCACGGCUGCAAACCGAGCUGUCGGGCGAAUUCCCUUUUAAUUUUCGCAUCUCCUCUGCAACUCUUGCAGUGCUGCGGCAUAACGAUAAUUGCAAUUUGCAAUACACCUGCAACCUCUUUCAUUCAAUUCGGGUUUUUGUGCGUUAUGAGCUGGUUGGGAGUUCUACUUCAGUACGUACGUUUAAUAACUCAUUACUGCAACUAAACAUAUUGUACCGAAAACGGUUGCUGAUGAAGGUAUGAUCACUGCAAAGUAUCAGUCACUCCUGCAACCUUUUCAACGUCAAUAUGGAAACACCUUCAAUAUUCCUUCACAAAGAGAGAACGAUCCCUGGGAAAGUGAGCGUGUGUGUGCGAAGGUGAUCUGGCGCCAUGCCGGCCGUGUACUGGAGCAACUCGUCGGUGGGCGUGGUGCCGACGGUGCACAUGGCAGGGCCGCCGAACGCCUUCCAGAGCCCUGGCUACGCCUACGGCCAAGGCUCCGCCUAUAACCUGGGCCCCGUGCAGCCCGCGUUCGCGCCCUUCAGUCCCGCCCCCGCCGCGGGCAAGGGGCUAGUCCUUUUUUCUGUGCACAUCUAUGGUACAAUGCUAUUCAAUGUUUUGAUACAAGUUUUUAUUAUCAACAAAAAUAAAAUUAAUGUUACUGAGGUUGUAGUGGGCGGCCCUCCCCUAGGGCCCUCUCCUGCCAACAUCACAUGCCCCUCGUGCCAUGCACAGAUCCAGACGCGUGUUUCUCAUGAGAGUUCUACCAAGACACACAUCAUCGCUCUGCUGCUCUGCCUUUUUGGAUCAAUAUAUUCCAGAUAUUGUGCUGGCCGUGUGUGUGCUUGCCGUACUGUAUGGACAGCUGUCAGAAUGCCAAUCACCACUGCCCAGCCUGUGGAACCUUCUUGGGAACUUUCAAGAAUUAGCACAGAGUGGUGUUCAUUGUGCACAUCCAAGUAUCUUCAAUCCUGCACAGCACUUUUUCAUUGCACAGAUGUGUGAAAUGCACUGCAUUUCCAUUGCAUUGAUGUAAUAUUUGGAAUUUACACAUAAUACUAAUAUUUAUUGUACAUACUUGCAACAUUUCUUUUGAUAGGAAAUAAUAAGAAAAAAAUGUUUUGAUACCCAGUGCAAGCAUGAGCAUCAGUUUGGUAAUCUUUGAGUUCUUCCAACAAAUGUUUCUCAAAGUCUCUGAAUUAUGGAGAAAAAUAAAAUUUUACAACUUUAAUGUCAUUGAACAUAUGCAAUUGAAACGCAGCGCAAAUGGAUUUUGUAUAGAUUAUGUCCAUAUUCUUAACUGAAAUGUAACAUGACAUACACAUUGCAGAUCAUCCACAAGUCUUAAAUAGCUUAGUGUUAUCUUUCUGCAUGACCCAUGCUUUACUCUCGCAAAAUAGUGAGAUCAUCUGCUAAUGUGAGGCAUGAGCUCAGCAUCUUAAGAUUCAAUUCCUUGAUAAUGAAAUCUCUAAUGAAAGUAUGCUUAGCAUAACUUAAUUAAGUCUAUUAAAAACACACAUUUUAAAACCUAAGGAAGUCAAACUCCUACAUUUUUGGAAGGGGAUUUUGUAGCAUAAAACUGAAUAAUUCUUUAGAUAAGAAAGAUCCAGUAUGGUAUAAAUGCCAAACUCCAUUCCAAUAACAAUUUAAAUGAUUGCUCAUGAAAAAUAUUAUAACAACUAUCAUCAUAAUGCUUUCUGUAUCAUUAUUUGCAGGAAAAGUUUUUGUCAUGUAUAUGUAAUUUUCAAAUAUAUUUUGUUUUAUAUACCUAUUUUCUUUUUUGUGAAAACAAUACCUCGAUAUCUUCUUUUUUCUUUCCUUCCCAUGUUGUAUUCCAACAAGUGAACAUUGUUCAGGAGAUAAUUAAAAUUUGUCAUCAGUUUAAAUAGGUCCUAUGGUUUCUGAUUAAAAUAUGAUUUUUUUAUUUUAAGAAUUACUCUUUUGAAAACCAUCCACUAUCAAUAUGUCAUGUAUAGACACUCAUGAAUAUUUUUUCUGUUAAAAGAAGUAUUUUCAGUUUCAAUAAAAAUGACACCAAUGCAAGUAUGUAGAGCACUGUAUGUAUGUGUGCUACGAACAUUCCCACUAAAGGGCCUCCUUUCUGCAUUUUAAAUUUGUGAAAGAAAAGCUAAAUGACAAUAAUUUUUAAUUAACAAAAUUAUAUUUUGCCUUGGAAAAACAUGAAAUUCGUAUUCGUGACAUUCGUACAUGAACUCAUUUACGUAUAUUAAACUUCUGACUAAAUAUUUAUAGUUGUACUGGGCCCUAAAAUACUUAGGACUGAGAGUCCAUUGUAGCUCUGAUGUAGCCCUUGUAGUCCUUGUAGUCAUUGAGUGAGCAAUGUGGAUUGUAGAGAGUCAGUGCCUUAAGCAGGGAAUGGCGAGUGUGACAAAAGCCUUGACAAGGAGCAGCACUCUACAUAUGUGAACAAAGGUAAUAACAAUUAAUUUUAAUUACAGAAAAAAAUAUUUUCUUUAAAAUAAUGGAAAAAAACUAAAUCCUUUAAUUAAAAGGUAUUUUCAUUAUUUAUCACUGAAAAGAUUAUCUAUUGUCAUAUUCUAUGCCUUUUUUUAGUGUUUAUUUACAGAAGAAGGAUUAGGUUCUGUGUGUGAUCAGGUAUCAAAUUAUGAAAAUAUAAUUUCUUUAUUUCUUUCAGUAUAGUAGCAGCAUUAUUUAAAAUGCAAAUAUAAUUAAAAUAAUUGGUAUGUGGUACAUUG